GUUCCAUGGUUGGUUCGGAGCGCGAUGAGCCGCCCGUCCUCCACCGGCCCCAGCGCUAACAAACCCUGCAGCAAGCAGCCGCCGCCGCAGCCCCAGCACGCUCCGUCCCCGGCUGCGCCCCCGGCCGCCGCCACCAUCUCGGCUGCGGGCCCCGGCUCGUCCGCGGUGCCCGCCGCGGCGGCGGUAAUCUCGGGCCCCGGCGGCGGCGGCGGGGCCGGCCCGGUGUCCCCGCAGCACCACGAGCUGACCUCGCUCUUCGAGUGCCCGGUCUGCUUUGACUAUGUCCUGCCCCCCAUCCUGCAGUGCCAGGCCGGGCACCUGGUAUGUAACCAAUGCCGCCAGAAGUUGAGCUGCUGCCCGACGUGCAGGGGCGCCCUGACGCCCAGCAUCAGGAACUUGGCUAUGGAGAAGGUGGCCUCGGCGGUCCUGUUUCCCUGCAAGUACGCCACCACGGGCUGCUCCCUGACCCUGCACCACACGGAGAAGCCAGAACACGAAGACAUCUGUGAAUACCGUCCCUACUCCUGCCCUUGCCCCGGAGCCUCUUGCAAGUGGCAGGGAUCCCUGGAAGCCGUGAUGUCCCAUCUCAUGCACGCCCACAAAAGCAUCACCACCCUGCAGGGAGAAGACAUCGUCUUCCUGGCCACGGACAUUAACCUGCCGGGGGCCGUCGACUGGGUGAUGAUGCAGUCGUGCUUUGGCCACCACUUCAUGCUGGUGCUGGAGAAGCAGGAGAAGUACGAGGGCCACCAGCAGUUCUUCGCCAUCGUGCUGCUCAUCGGCACCCGCAAGCAAGCCGAGAACUUUGCCUACAGACUGGAACUGAACGGGAACCGGCGGAGACUGACCUGGGAGGCCACGCCCCGGUCCAUCCAUGACGGUGUGGCCGCGGCCAUCAUGAACAGCGACUGCCUUGUUUUUGACACAGCCAUAGCACAUCUGUUUGCGGAUAAUGGCAACCUUGGAAUCAAUGUGACCAUUUCUACGUGUUGUCCGUGAGGCGCUGGAAUUAUCUGGGCACAGUGCUCUAUGGGGAAUAAAGGUUUUUACAGGUGUUCUAUUCACUGUGUCCUCAGGGAUCAAGACCCUCAGUUACCCCAUGUUCUGUUUGAACAAGCAGCUUCUCAUCUGGCAUUAGUCCAGCAGAGUUCAUUAAACAGGAAUGAAUGGGGUUGGCCUGUUAGUCAUUUGGAGUCUGUUCUGUGAUCUAAAAUCAACUUUAUUAUUACAUUUUAUUUACUUCCUGAACAGCACUUGACCGGUGGCUCAGGGCUCCAGAAGACCAGGACGUUAGGAAUGGGAGGCUCCUUUCUGCCUGGCUCCCUCUCUUGGUCCCUCCACGUUGACAAAAGCACAGUGACUGUCAAUAGAUUCCUUAACUUUUACCUUGUUUUUAGCGGGGGUAGGAAUUGUUUAAAUGCAUUUUAAGCAGUGUUUCUCAAACGGGAUGGCAAACCAAUAGGCACAGAAUCACCUGUAGUGCUCAUCUUAAACAUGCAGAUCUGGGGAGCCUGUGAAUUUAACCAUCUCAUCAGGUGAUUCUGUUCGACAAUAAAGUUUGAGAAUUACUGGGUUAAAUUGUGGAAAGGGUCCAGAUUUUAAAGGUGCUUUACGAUUGCCCUCUACUGAUACUGUUUGUCUAUUUCAUGCCCCCACCACCUACCAUGCCCAGAUUAGAACCAGAACUGCAGAUCCCCAGGAACACACUCCUGAGAUUUGGUCACUCUCUUGUAUUUGGGGUGAAUUGCCUAGGAAAGUGAAUCGUAUGGCCACUGAUAGGUGUCACAUAAUUAGUUUUUGCUCAUCACUAGUACAGAUGACCUGUUUACAUGUGGCUUGCCUCAGAGGCCGUCCUUGACUGUAGAUGGUGGGAAAGACUAGAUCAGUAGAGUUGGAAAUGCUUUAUCACCAGUGUCAUAUGCUUGCUAUUUAAAGGUAUGUGUUGGAUUGUUGUUGUUUUUUGCCACAUUCACUUUAGUUUUUUAAUAAAUAUUUUCCAAAAAUGAA